ACCACAGCAGCUCCAACCACAACCACAGCAGCUCCAACCACAACAACAGAAACUCUAACCACAACUACAGUACCUCCAACCACAACAACAAUUCCUUCAACCACAACAGCUGCACCAACCACAACAACAAAAGCUAUAACCACAACCACAGCAGCUGCAACCACAACAGGUUCUCCAACCACAACAACAGAGACACCAACCACAACAACAGCAGCUCCAACAACAACAACAAUUCCUUCAAACACAACAGCUGCACCAACCACAACCACAGCAGCUCCAACCACAACAACAAAAGCUCUAACCACAACUACAGUACCUAAAACCACAACAACAGAGACACCAACCACAACAACAGCAGCUCCAACCACAACCACAGCUGCUGCAACCACAACAGGUUCUCCAACCACAACCACAGCAGCUCCAACCACAACCACAGCAGCUCCAACCACAACAACAGAAACUCUAACCACACGAACCACAACUACAGUACCUCCAACCACAACAACAGAGACACCAACCACAACAACAGCAGCUCCAACCACAACAGCAAUUCCUUCAACCACAACAGCUGCACCAACCACAACCACAACUGCUCCGACCACAACAGCUUCUCCAGCCACAACUACAGUACCUCCAACCACAACAGCUUCUCCGACCACAACAACAGUUUCUCCAACCUCAACUACUGUACCUCCAACCACAACAGCAACUUCAACCACAACCACAGCUGCUCCAACCACAGCAACAUCUGCUCCGACCACAACCACAGUUGCUCCAACCACAACAACAGCAGCUUCGACAACAACAACAGCAACUCCUACCACCACCACAGCUGCUCCAUCCACAACCACAACUGCUCCGGCCACAACAACAGAGGCACCAAUCACAACUACAGUGUCUCCAACCACAACCACAGCUACUCCAACUACAACCACAGUGGCUCCAACCACAACCUCAGCGGCUUCAACCACAACAACAGUUUCUCCAAAUACAGCAACAGAGACACCAACCACAACUACAGCAGCUCCAACCACAACCACAGUGGCUCUAACUACAACCAUAGUUUUUCCAACAACAACUACAACUGCUCCAACUACAAUCACAGUGGCUCAAACCACAACCACUGCAGCUCCAACCACAACAACAGUUUCUCCAACUACAACAACAGAGACACCAACCGCAACUACAGCUGCUCCGACCACAACAGUUGCUCUAACCACAACAACAGUAACUCCCACCACAACCACAGCUGCUCCAACUACAACCACAGUGGCUCAAACCACAACUACUGCAGCUCCAAACACAACCACAACCACAACCACAGCAGCUGCAACCACAACAACAGAAGCUCUAACCACAACAACAGCAGCUACAACCACAACCACAGCUGCUGCAACAACAACAGCUUCUCCAACAACAACAGCUGCUCCAACCACAACAACAGUUCCUUCAACCACAACAGUUGCACCAACCACAACCACAGCAGCUCCAACCACAGGUGCUCCAACCACAACCACAGCUGCUCCAACCACAACAACCACAGCAGCUCCAACCACAACAACAGAAGCUCUAACCACAACUACAGUAGCUCCAACCACAACAACAGCAGCUCCAACCACAUCCACAGCGGCUGCAACCACAACAGUUGCUCCAACCACAACCACAGCAGCUCCAACCACAACCACAGCUGCUCCAACCACAACAACAAUUCCUUUAACCACAACAGCUGCACCGACCACAACCACAGCAGCUGCAACCACAACAACAGAAGCUCUAACCACAACAACAGCAGCUACAACCACAACCACAGCUGCUGCAACAACAACAGCUUCUCCAACCACAACAACAGUUCCUUCAACCACAACAGCUGCACCAACCACAACCACAGCAGCUCCAACCACAGGUGCUCCAACCACAACCACAGCUGCUCCAACCACAACAUCAAUUCCUUCAACCACAACAUCAAUUCCUUCAACCACAACAGCUGCACCAACCACAACCACAGCAGCU